GCCACCGCCGCCGCCGCCGCAGCCUGUCUGUCAGCCCGCCUGUCCGUCUGUCAGGCCGCGCGAGGGGCCUCGCCGGCGCCUCAGCCCCGCGCCCGCCAUGGCUCAGAUCCUCCCCAUCCGUUUCCAGGAGCACUUCCAGCUCCAAAACCUAGGAAUUAAUCCAGCUAACAUUGGAUUCAGCACACUGACUAUGGAAUCUGAUAAGUUUAUAUGUGUCCGAGAGAAAGUCGGUGAGCAACAGGCACAGGUAGUGAUUAUUGACAUGAGUGACCCAAUGGCACCAAUUAGACGACCCAUCUCUGCAGAAAGUGCCAUCAUGAACCCAGGCUCUAAGGUGAUAGCUCUGAAAGCUGGGAAGACACUUCAAAUAUUUAAUAUUGAGAUGAAGAGUAAAGUGAAGGCUCAUACUAUGGCAGAGGAGGUGAUUUUCUGGAAAUGGAUCUCUCUGAACACUGUAGCCCUGGUGACUGAGACCACUGUCUACCACUGGAGUAUGGAAGGUGACUCACAGCCUGUCAAGAUGUUUGAUAGACAUGCCAGUCUGGCAGGAUGCCAAGUGAUUAACUACCGGACUGACAUGUACCAGAAGUGGUUGCUCCUUGUUGGCAUCUCAGCACAGCAAAACCGUGUGGUUGGGGCAAUGCAGCUCUAUUCUGUGGACAGGAAGGUUUCACAACCCAUCGAAGGUCAUGCUGCUGCUUUUGCAGAGUUCAAGGUUGAAGGGAAUGCCAAGCCUGCCACCCUUUUCUGUUUUGCUGUACGAAAUCCCACAGGAGGCAAGUUACACAUAAUUGAAGUUGGACAACCUGCAGCAGGAAACCAGCCUUUUGUAAAGAAAGCUGUGGAUGUGUUUUUUCCUCCAGAGGCUCAGACAGAUUUUCCAGUAGCUAUGCAGAUUGGAGCAAAACAUGGUGUCAUUUACUUGAUUACGAAGUAUGGCUAUCUUCAUAUGUAUGACCUGGAGUCUGGUGUGUGCAUUUACAUGAACCGUAUUAGUGCUGAAACAAUCUUUGUAACUGCUCCAUAUGAACUCACUUCUGGAAUUAUUGGUAUCAACAAAAAGGGACAAGUGCUUUCAGUUUGUGUUGAGGAAGACAAUAUUGUGAAUUAUGCAACCACUGUGCUUCAGAAUCCAGACCUUGGUUUGCGUUUGGCCAUUCGUAGUAAUCUAACUGGAGCAGAGGAGUUAUUUUUGAGAAAAUUCAAUAACUUGUUUACACAGGGGAGCUAUGCUGAAGCAGCCAAAAUAGCAGCAUCUGCACCAAAGGGAAUCCUGCGUACUAGUGACACUGUUCAGAAGUUUCAGAGUCUACCUGCCCAGCCUGGCCAAGCUUCUCCUUUGCUUCAGUACUUUGGAAUCUUGCUUGACCAGGGGCAGCUCAACACACUUGAAUCCUUAGAACUUUGUCGUCCAGUCCUUCAGCAAGGGCGCAAGCAACUCUUAGAAAAGUGGUUGAAAGAAGACAAGCUGGAGUGUUCAGAAGAACUUGGAGAUUUGGUCAAAACUACUGAUCCUACACUGGCUUUGAGUGUGUACCUUCGAGCAAAUGUGCCAAGCAAAGUUAUACAGUGUUUUGCGGAAACAGGCCAAUUUCAGAAAAUUGUGCUCUAUGCCAAAAAGGUUGGAUAUGCCCCAGACUGGAUCUUUUUGCUGAGGAGUGUUAUGAGGAUUAGUCCAGACCAGGGCCUGCAGUUUUCUCAGAUGCUAGUGCAGGAUGAGGAACCACUAACUAGCGUUGACCAGAUUGUAGAUGUUUUCAUGGAAAACAAUUUAAUUCAGCAGUGUACUUCCUUCUUGUUGGAUACCUUGAAGAAUAAUCACCCGACUGAGGGGCACCUCCAAACACGCUUACUGGAAAUGAACCUAAUUCACGCACCCCAGGUUGCAGAUGCUAUCCUUGGAAAUCAGAUGUUUACGCAUUAUGAUCGGGCCCAUAUCGCCCAGCUGUGCGAAAAGGCAGGCCUCCUGCAGCGAGCACUGGAGCAUUACACUGACCUUUAUGACAUCAAGAGAGCUAUAGUUCACACGCACCUUCUCAGUCCCGAGUGGCUCGUUAGCUUCUUCGGUUCUUUAUCAGUAGAGGAUUCUUUGGCAUGUCUGCGUGCUCUCCUGUCUGCCAGCAUUAGACAGAACCUUCAGCUGUGUGUUCAAGUUGCUUCCAAGUACCACGAGCAGCUGGGUACACAGUCCUUGGUGGAACUUUUUGAAUCAUUCAAGAGUUACGAAGGCCUCUUCUACUUCCUGGGCUCAAUUGUGAACUUCAGCCAAGAUCCAGAUGUGCACUUGAAGUAUAUUCAAGCUGCCUGUAAGACAGGACAGAUCAAGGAGGUGGAAAGGAUAUGCCGAGAAAGCAAUUGCUACAAUCCUGAAAGAGUGAAGAAUUUUCUAAAAGAGGCCAAACUCACAGAUCAGCUUCCCCUUAUCAUCGUGUGUGAUAGGUUUGACUUCGUACAUGAUCUUGUCCUGUACUUAUAUCGCAACAACCUGCAGAAGUAUAUUGAGAUCUACGUUCAGAAGGUCAACCCUAGCAGGAUCCCCGCUGUGGUUGGAGGACUGCUUGAUGUGGAUUGUUCUGAGGAAGUAAUUAAAAACUUAAUCAUGGUAGUGAGAGGACAGUUCUCUACAGAUGAGCUGGUAGCUGAAGUAGAAAAAAGAAAUAGGCUAAAGUUGCUUCUCCCCUGGCUGGAGUCUCGGAAUCAUGAAGGCUGUGAAGAACCUGCUACUCACAAUGCACUUGCGAAAAUAUAUAUUGACAGCAACAGCAGCCCUGAGCGCUUCUUAAAAGAGAACGCCCAUUAUGACAGUCGUAUUGUUGGUCGAUAUUGUGAGAAGCGGGACCCACAUCUGGCCUGUGUGGCAUAUGAGCGAGGACAGUGUGACCUUGAGCUCAUCAAGGUUUGCAAUGAGAAUUCUUUGUUCAAAAGUGAGGCCCGCUACCUGGUGCGCAGGAAGGAUCCAGAGCUCUGGGCUCAAGUGCUUGAAGAAACCAACCCAUCCAGAAGACAGCUAAUUGACCAGGUGGUACAAACAGCAUUAUCAGAAACACAGGAUCCUGAAGAGGUUUCAGUCACUGUUAAGGCCUUCAUGACAGCUGACCUCCCUAAUGAACUGAUUGAGCUGCUGGAGAAGAUUGUUCUGGAUAACUCUGUCUUCAGUGAGCACAGGAAUCUCCAGAAUCUGCUAAUCCUGACUGCUAUCAAGGCAGACCACACUCGAGUCAUGGACUAUAUCAAUCGCCUAGAUAAUUAUGAUGCCCCGGACAUCGCAAGCAUUGCCAUCACCAGUAUGCUGUAUGAAGAGGCCUUUGCCAUCUUCCGCAAAUUUGAUGUGAAUGCCUCAGCAAUUCAAGUCCUGAUUGAGCACAUUGGAAAUUUAGACCGAGCAUAUGAGUUUGCAGAGAGAUGCAGUGAACCUGCAGUAUGGAGUCAGCUGGCCCAAGCCCAGCUACAGAAAGACUUAGUAAAGGAAGCCAUUGACUCUUAUAUCAGAGCUGAUGACCCAUCCUCUUAUCUGGAAGUUGUUCAGGCAGCCAACAGGAAUGGCAAUUGGGAGGAUCUAGUUAAAUUCCUGCAGAUGGCCAGGAAAAAGGACCGUGAAUCAUAUAUAGAGACUGAACUUAUUUUUGCCCUGGCUAAAACCAAUCGUCUCUCUGAGCUAGAAGAUUGUAUUAAUGGACCCAACAAUGCCCACAUACAACAGGUUGGAGACCGCUGUUAUGAAGAAGGAAUGUAUGAGGCUGCCAAGCUGCUAUACAGCAGUGUUUCUAAUUUUGCCCAGCUGGCUUCUACCCUGGUCCACCUUGGUGAGUAUCAGGCAGCAGUGGACUGCAGCCGCAAGGCAAACAGCACACGGACAUGGAAGGAGGUGUGCUUUGCCUGUGUGGAUGGACAGGAGUUCCGCCUUGCUCAGCUGUGUGGUCUCCACAUUGUCAUUCAUGCAGAUGAGCUGGAGGAGUUAAUCCUCUAUUAUCAGGAUGGAGGCUACUUUGAGGAACUGAUCUCUUUGCUAGAGGCUGCCUUGGGCCUGGAGCGAGCCCACAUGGGCAUGUUCACAGAGUUGGCCAUCCUCUACUCCAAAUUCAAGCCACAGAAGAUGCCAGAACACCUGGAGCUCUUCUGGUCCCGUGUCAACAUCCCGAAGGUGUUGAGAGCUGCAGAGCAGGCACACCUCUGGGCAGAGCUGGUGUUCCUUUAUGACAAGUAUGAGGAAUAUGACAAUGCAGUCCUCACCAUGAUCAAUCAUCCUACUGAUGCCUGGAGAGAGGGACAAUUCAAGGACAUCAUUGCCAAGGUGGCCAAUGUAGAACUCUAUUAUAAAGCCCUGCAGUUCUAUUUGAACUACAAACCUCUGCUCAUCAAUGACCUUCUGCUGGUGCUUGCACCCCGGCUAGACCAUACUCGGACUGUUGACUUUUUUUCAAAGGCAGGUCAGUUGCCCCUGGUGAAACCUUAUCUACGUUCAGUCCAGAGUCACAACAAUAAGAGUGUGAAUGAGGCACUAAACCACCUGCUGACAGAAGAGGAGGAUUUUCAGGGCUUACGGUCAUCUAUCGAUGCCUACGACAACUUUGACAACAUCGCACUAGCUCAGCUGUUGGAGAAGCAUCACCUAAUCGAAUUCAGGCGCAUUGCUGCUUAUCUGUACAAGGGCAACAACCGGUGGGCCCAGAGUGUAGAGCUCUGCAAGAAGGAUCAUCUCUACAAGGAUGCCAUGCAGCAUGCUGCGGAGUCACGGGAUGCUGAGUUGGCUGAGAAGCUGCUGCAGUGGUUUCUGGAGGAGGGCAAGCGGGAGUGCUUUGCUGCCUCUCUCUUCACCUGUUAUGACCUGCUUCCUCCAGAUGUGGUGCUAGAGCUGGCCUGGAGACACAACCUGGUGGACCUGGCCAUGCCCUACUUCAUCCAGGUGAUGAGGGAGUACUUUAACAAAGUGGACAAACUAGAUGCUUCAGAGAGCCUGCGCCAGCAAGAGGAGCAUGUUGUGGAGCCUGCCCCUCUAGUUGGCCAGCAGCUCAUGCUGACAGCAGGCCCAGCCCCUACCAGCUUUCCUUAUGGAUCUACAACAGCGCCUGCCUUCACCCAGCCUCCCAUGUACAGCUUCAGUGUGUAGUGAGUGGGCAAUCAGCUGCAAUCCCCUCACUAAUCCUACUCAGAGUACACCCCGGAAAUACAAAGGACCAUGAUGUGGUGUGGGGACACCAGGACAGUAUUUAUUUUUGCUGAGACCUGAAGAUGGCAGCCGCUGGUCCAUCUCUUAGUCUGGGGAGUCCAAGAAAGACCAGCUCCAGUUGCCUUCAGGCCUUCUGACUGGGGCAAGCAUUCCUCUUGAAGAGAGAGAGCUCCCCUCUGCAGGGGUUCCUUGGUCGUUGGGGGGCGGGGGGGGGGGCUUGCUACUCUUUGGCAGAGCUGCCACUCCGGGCCAUGUACAAGACACUGAACGUGACUGUGAGCCGCGGGGCCGAUCAUGAAUAUUAAAGUCGGUUUUAUCAAGGCAAA